AGAAGAAGAAGCGAAAGAGGUAAAAGAAGAUAAAGAAGAAUCCAAGGAGGGAGACAGAAGUGGAGGCGGUGGCGAUGACUUAGAUCUCAAGCUGUCUCUGUAGCGGCUCAACAAUGGCUCUCCUGGAUGUUGAAAAUUAAGGAGCCAUGGCCGUCGGCGGUGGCAGCUUCUUGCCAUUCUUGACCAUGGUUCUUGUGCAGUUGGGCUAUGCCGGCAUGAACAUUCUCUCCAAACUCGCCAUGGAUUCCGGCAUGAACCCUCUCGUCCACGUCGCUUAUCGCCAAAUCUUCGCCGCCAUUAUUCUUGCUCCCUUGGCUUUCUUCCUAGAAAGGAAAACGAGGCCUAGGAUGACACUUCCCAUUCUCUUUGAGAUGUUCUUAUCUUCCAUUUUUGGGGCAACCACGAAUCAAGUUCUUUACUUUGUGGGGCUACGAAAUUCGACUGCAACAGUCGCCUGCGCCUUGUCGAACUUGCUGCCAGCCUUCACCUUCAUACUCGCUGUUCCAUUCGGGCUGGAAAGAGUGAUAAUCAAGAGUAGGCCAGGGCAAGCCAAGGUAUUGGGGACAAUUGUUUGUGUGGGCGGAGCCAUAUUACUGUCAUUCUACCAUGGAAGCCCAAUUUUUGGACAAUCAAGCCUUCACUGGAGAUAUGCAGAGAACCUGCAGGGAAAAGGGAGAUCCAGCAGCCAUGCCAACAACUUCAUCUUAGGCCCCUUUCUACUCAUAACCAGCACCAUUUCUUGGGCAGUAUGGUUCAUCAUCCAAGCGAGGAUGAACGACAAGUUUGCAGCUCCUUACACAACCUCGGCGCUAAUUUGCUUCAUGGCCAGCAUCGAGUGUGUGAUAAUUGGCCUCUUCGUGAAACAUGACAUAGCGGCAUGGUCGCUCCUCAAGCCGCCCAGUAUCAGACUUGUUUCCAGUCUCUAUGCCGGUGUUGUGUCUACUGCACUAGCACUAUGCCUCAUGUCAUGGUGUAUCCAAAGGAAAGGUCCUCUCUAUGUCUCAGUAUUCAGUCCCUUGCUGCUCGUGAUAGUGGCCGUCUUCAGCUGGGCACUGCUCGAUGAAAAGUUAUACGUGGGAACUGUUGUAGGGUCUCUUCUGAUUGUCUUGGGGCUCUAUGGUGUUCUCUGGGGGAAGAACAGAGAGAAGAAUGCAGCAAACAACGCCGAGGAUGGAGAGGAAGUGAAGGACUUGGAAUUGCAGUUUCCCAAUGCCAAUGGAGUAGUGAAGAACAUGGACUUGCAGUUUUCUGAGCUCUCAAAUGGCAAUGGAGUGAAGGAGGAGUUGGAAUUGAAGUUUUCUGAGCUUUCGAAUGGCAAUUUGCCCGCGACAAACUAGGCGAAGAAGAAAUGGGAUCCGCGAGUAACUAUGUACCUCAGAUGAUCAGAUCAGUAUGCAAUCAAGUCUCUGGUUCUGCAAUGGCUUCUCUAACACCGAGUGUGGCAAAUUCUCUAGGAGAGAGCCUGGUAGAGAGAGAGAGAGAUGAAGGAAUUAUCAUGCGAAGGGCAUUCAGAUUUUAAUUAGAACUUUCUUUCCUCAUGAUCUUGUUUGCCUCUUGAGGGUUUGGUGGGCAAGCACUAGAUCCAAAUAGUGAGAUGCUCUGCACAUAUGAGCAAUAUCCAAAGAUCCAUGAGGAGCAUAUAUGUCUGGUCCGGGUCCAUUUAUAAAUGGAUCUGGUCUGGCCAAGAUCCAACCUGUUGAUAAGCCUACACGCACUUGCAAGUAGGGCAUGGCAUGCUUCCUAAGUCUACAAACAAGACCAUAACUUUUACUGCAAACUCUAACAAACUCACAAGACACUGCAUUCCUUGUAAUAUUCCCAAUAAACAAGUUCACAAAAGGCCACAUUGCCCACAGCCAAGAUUACACAAGUUCACAUGACCACUUUGUCCGUAGUCCAAAUAAAUGUAACAUUACAAGUUAACAAUGCAGAAGUCCAUAAGUUCAAGGGCUUAUCCUC